AUGAGUGGUUGGAAUAUAGCCUUAAAAUAGAUGCCGUAUUUUGUUUUUGUUGCAGAGUAUUUGGCAAAUCUGAAGAUACUUUAGAUACUUGGGUGACAAUUGGUUUUUCUAACUGGCAAAAACUAUAUGAAAAACUAAAAAAACACAACACAUCCCUGUGUCAACUGACGUGCGUUGCUAAAUUAGCAUCAUAUAAUUUAAGUCUUAAAUCUGGAUCAGUUUUGUCGAAUUUAUCUUCUGGACAUCAAGAACAGAUUAAAAAAAAUCGUACAUACAUAUUACAUUUGAUUGAUAUAGUAUUAUACUUGGGAAAACAGGGUAGUGCCUUUAGAGGCCAUUUAGAAGACACUGAAUCUUUAAAUCAAGGGAAUUUUAAGGAAUUAUGCAACCUUUAUGAAAAAUCAGUACCAGAUUUCCAUUUGAUUUAUAAACAACCUAUAAGCUACACUAGUUGGAGAAUUCAAGAACAGUUAAUUGAACUAUGUGCUAAUCAUAUUAAUGAAACUAUUUUAAAUGAAAUUUCUAUAACUGGUUUUUUUGCUAUUAUGUGUGAUGAAGCUAGAAUCCACAAAGAAGAACAGCUUUCAAUAUGUGUUCGCUAUGCAGUUGAAAUGGAAGUGUAUGAGCGAUUUUUAGGCUUUGUGGACGUGUCAAAAGGACAAAAUGCAAACAAUAUUGUUGAAGCUAUAUACGCAUAUUUUGAGGGACAAAAAAUAUCCAUACAAAAUGUCAACAUUGUAGCACAGUCCUAUGACGGUGCUAGCGUUAUGUCGGGGAACAUGAAUGGCGUUCAAGCUAAAAUAAAAGAGCAACAUCCUGCUGCAGUAUACACUCACUGUAUGGCUCACCGCCUAAAUUUAGUGGUUGUUGACACAUGCAAAAGCAUUAAGAGUGCUCAGGCUGCAUUUAAUAUAUUGGAAGCAGUGUAUGUACACUUGUCAAGACCAUCAAAAAAUACUAAAUUAAUAGAAAUUCAAAAAAAAAUGGGUCUAUCUAAGAGUACAACUGUUAUAUGGGUAUGUGAUACUCGAUGGGUAUGCCGGUACAAAAACUGUGAAUCUAUUAUAAAUAAUUUUGAAAGUAUUGUUAAAGCACUUAAAGAGGAAGUUGAAGAUCAGGCAGACAAAGAUGUUGCUCAAGCAAUAGGCAUUUUAAGUUCAAUAACAAAAAAAAACUUUAUUGUUAUAAUUUUCAUUCUAUAUGAUGUACUUUGCAUCAUUAAUAUCUUGAGCAAUCAGCUUCAAAAUAAAAAAGCUACACUGGGAAAUUCUGGGAAAAUUAUUAAAGGUGUUAUUGCUUCAUUUAAACAUCUGCGUUCUGAUGAGGCUUUUGAUAAAUUUUGGCAAAAGGUUCAAGAUUUUGCAAAUAAAAAUAAUAUACUAUUGACAAUUCUAUCCACAAACGAAGUGUCCAAAGAAAAACAAACUCGCAAACGUCGUGAACCAGCCAAACUUCAAGAUUAUGCCCUGAGUCAUCGAACAGGAGCAGAGUCUGAAAAUAACACUUCAAACACUAUUGAAUAUUGGCGUACAACAGUUUAUUUAAGAAUAAUUGAUGCAAUAAUUAUAAAUUUAGAAAAACGUUUUUCGGAAGAAAGCUUAGAGCUGGCCGAAUCUGUGGACAACUUUUUUAACUUGGAUGAACAAAAUAGUUUGUGUUUUAUAAACACUUAUAAGGUACUCAAAAAAUGUUAAAAUCUUUAUUGAGGAAUAUGGUAUAUCUUCAAACUGAUAUUAAACAUAUAAGUAUGAUACAAAUUGAAAUUCUCUCUAAUCUAGAGUAUACAACAAAUAACAUAAAAGACAGCAUUAAUAAGACAUGUUCAUCAAAUG